AUGGAUCUAUACACCACCACAGAAGAUGUCCUAAAACUCGGCAUCAUCGACCCAGAGCUCGAAGAGGUCCUGAAACACAACCCAGCUCCAGCAAUGAACUUCUCGCACCCCGUCCAAACCCUACGCUCCAUCGUUUCAGCAAUGGAGAAGACCUCAUACGACACCUGCCCCAAAUUCAACACCCAGGAAACAACACUCGACAUCCCCAUGCGCGACGGCCACCAAAGCAAUCUGCACAUCGCCAAGCCCUCCAGCUCCUCAUCGAACCCCCUGGUCGUGCUCAUCUUCGGAGGAGGCUUCAUCAUGGGCUCAAACAUCCAGUCGAUCCUGUGGGCUCGCGCCAUCGCAUCCCUAUACGGCGCUACGGUCGUUCAGCCCUCGUAUCGUCUCGCGCCGGAACAUAAGUUCCCGACUGCGCCGAAUGAUAUCUGGGAUGCUGUGCGGUGGAUCACGGCGAAUGCGUCGACCCUCGAUGUAGAUUUGACCAAAGGAUUCGUGAUAGGUGGCGGAUCCGCAGGCGGGAACCUUUCCAUCGUCACGGCUCAUCGCUCAAUCAAAGAGAGGCUUUCUCCGCCUAUCACGGGUGUUCUGGCUAGUAUUCCCGUCUGCGUGAGCGAUGAGAUGGUGCCGCAGAAAUACAAGCAUCUGUGGGUUUCUCGAGAGCAGAAUGCAAAUGCGCCGGGGAAUCCGGGUUUGGAUUCGAAGUCUAUCGAUGGGUACGAGGCCAUGUAUGCGCAGGAUUUUAGCUCGGAGGACUUUUCGCCGUUUAAUUCGACGGUGGGGUUUUCUGCGCUUCCGAGGGCGUAUGUGCAGGUUGCGGGGCUGGAUAUUCUGCGCGAUGAUGGGGUUGUGUAUGCGAAGGCGUUGGAGGAUAGUGGUGUUGAGGUCAGGUUUGAUGCGUAUCCGGGCAUGCCGCAUGGGCAUUUCAAUCUGUGGCCCGGGUUGAAGCAGUCGAUUAGGUCGCAGGAGGAUACUAUUUGGCAUGUUGGGUGGCUUUUGAGGCGCGAGGUAUCCAGGGAAAAGGUGGCGGAACUUUUGUCUUUGACGCGGAAAUAA